AUGGACCCCAUUAGCGUUGGCAUGUCCAGCUUCGGGCUGAUGUCUGGAAUGUCUGGCCUGACAGCGGCAGCCACAGCAUCUGCUUCCACCACAGUGCAACAGCGUUUGCAAACAAUGCUGUGGAGGAGGCCCAACCUCCAACAUGGUACAGUGCUGGGGCAUGGCUCGUUUGGCCGGGUGGCAUUGCACAAAGAAGGUGCUGCAUGUUUUGCUUUGAAAAGCAUUCCGCACCGCCUGCUGCAAAGCCGCAACAUGGAAAAGGCUUUGCGCAUUGAGCGCGAAGCGCUGGCCCUUGGGACGUGGGGCAACGAAAAAGAUAUCAAAUUCCAUGCUGCUUGUGUUGCAGAAGCUGUUGCUUUCAUCCAUGAACGCCGGGUCACGCACAGGGACAUCAAGCCACCAAACUUUUUGUUAGACGCGCAGGGCCACUGCAAACUGGCAGCUCGGCGCUGCGAAGAUUGGCGGCGGCCAAGCACGGACUUGUGCCGGAACUCCACAGUACCGUGCUCCUGA